AUGUUAUGCACCGUUUCGACUGUCCGUUCUGCCAUUCAAGUAUCCAAAAUCAACGGACAGCCGAGAUGGUGGGCACCACCAUUACCGGAUUCCCACAAGGCUUCGAUAGUCUCCUUUAACGAAACCGUGCUUGGAGAAAAAGAGAGAGAGAAUGGAGGAAAUGAACGACCACCACCAACAGCCGCCAUCACCAGGAGUGAGGCCAAUCAAAGCCAAGGACUGCAUAGAAGAACUCCUCAAGUUCACGCUCUCCUCCUCAAUCGACGGAACCCUAAGUCUCGACGUCGGCCUCUCCAAAGAUUACUGCUCCAAACUCCUCACCGACGAUGAUGGCCCAGAAAUAAACCCUACCCCCAAUGCCUCUGAUAUUGCGGAGGGGGUUCCCACAUAUCCUUUGUACAAGCAUCUGGCAUCAACUUUGUACCAAUCUCUAUCCUUUGGAGCCUUUAGUAGGCCGUAUGACAGAAUGCCGUUGAUGCAUGAAGACAGUUCUUUGAAGCAUAAAGAAGUUGCGUGGAUUGCAUUGGUCAUGGAAAAGGGAUCUGAGUUGAUAAAUGUACUGGAAAAUGUGGACUUUGAACUUCAUGUUCAAGAGCCUUUCUUUUCCCAGCUUAAAGAUGGCAUGAAAACAGUUGAAGGAAGAUGCGCAGUUGGGGACUAUAACAAAAUUUUUUCAGGAGCUUUGAUUCUGUUCAAUAAAUGCUUGGUGCUUCAAGUUCAGGAUGUUCGCCGUUAUGCUUCAUUUUUGGAGAUGUUGGAAGCCGAGAGUCUGACAAAAGUCCUUCCUGGAGUACAAACUAUUGAAGAAGGUGUACAAAUCUACAGGAAAUUUUACUCAGAAGAGAAGGAAAAGCUGAAUGGUGUCCUUGCAAUUGGUGUUACAAAACCGGCUGCUCAGCCUUUUAUUUCUUUGGCUGGCAUGCUUUCAGGUCUGAGUUAUGGGGGGCUUCAGAGGCUGCUGGGUUUUGUGCACACUGUGGGAACGACUGUAGAAGCACUUCCCCCGCCAAGAUCAACUCUUCUCUCUUCAUUUAUGUUGCCGCAUAAUCCAAAUGUAAAAGGUUCUACCUUGACUGAUGGAGCCAGGGCCUUGGCUAAGCAUGUUGAUAGGAGCGGCUCGAAAUAUUGGGGUCCUUUCAAUGGAAGUGAUUCCACUAAAAAUAGCCUCGCAAAGGAUGCAAUCAGUCACUUGAUGGCUCAUUGUUGCUGGCAGAAUAUGCAUGUUGUUCCACCACAUGGAGUUGUCUAUGAAAUAAGGACUGCUGAUGGUUAUGGUGCACGGUGGUCUGAAGAUGGAAGUGAGUUCAUAGGAUUCCUCGAGCCAUACAUGGAAGAUGGACAGUCAAAUAGAUGGAAGCACUAACUUGACACAGAGAUUUGUAAGACUAUUCCUUUUGUAGGAUUUUUUUACACUUCGAUUUUCAUGGUUGGAACAUAUAAUUUCUAAGCAUCGAUGUAUGUAUUUCAAAUCGUUUUAUACAACAUAUUUAUGGCUUCAUGAUUGAAUAUUUGAUGCA